GUCAGUUCGCAGUUGAUUUUCGUGGAACGAAGUGAAUUUCGCGGGCUCUUAUCAAUUUUCCAGUGGCGAUGUUUUCGUAAGUUUUCCCAAAACUUUUUAUUCCUAUUAAAAUCUAAAACUAAAUCCGAAUAUGAUGUUUUCAUGUUAGUGUCCAAUAAAUAUCUAUGUAGUUUUGUGUUUUUAAUGUGUUAGAAGUGUAUGAAAGCUGAAAGUGAGAUAUAUAUAUGAUAUAUCUUGUAGAAAGUGGAUUUUGCUGAACUUGAAUUUCGCUAUAUCGGUAAACUGAAGUUUGGAUAACAUAUGACUACGUUUCUAUUCCUAAAAAGCGUUCUUCAAUUUCCAAUAUAUUAUAUGAGAUUCUUCUUGUGGUACAGUUCACUAGAAUAUUUGUAAUUAUGGUAAACAACUGCAUCGGUUGGUGGAUAUUUAUUAUCUCGUCUUUUAUUAUGAAUAUCGAGUCGAAAAAAAAUGAACCGACGACGUAUCACAACCAGUUCGCAGUUCAUAUACCAGAUGGCGUUGAAAUUGCGGACGGUAUUGCUGUUAAACACGGAUUCAUCAAUAGAGGGCAGAUUGGAUCUCUGAAAGGUUUCUACUUGUUCGAACACGAGCACGUCCGCAAGAGGUCCCUGCAGGCGGCCGAUCAUCAUCACCGCAACUUGAACGACGAGCCCCAGGUUAAAUGGUUUGAACAACAGCGGGAAAAAAUACGUAAAAAAAGAGAUUUUGACGAUGGUCCUUCGGUGCCAACUUUCGGUCAAUUUAUAAGUGAAGUAGCGCCGUCAGCUUCGGCGGAUUCAUUUCACGGACAACCUAGAUAUAGAGCCGUUCCGUCUGUUUCGUUUCCAGAUCCUUUGUUCAAAGAACAAUGGUACUUGAAUGGGGGGGCUAAAGAUGGUUUAGACAUGAAUUUGGCACCUGCCUGGCAGAAAGGUUAUACGGGUCGAGGUGUGGUGGUUUCCAUACUCGACGACGGCAUUCAAACCAACCAUCCAGAUCUAGCACAAAACUACGAUCCAUUGGCGAGUACUGAUAUUAAUGGAAACGACGAUGACCCCAUGCCUCAAGAUAACGGCGAUAAUAAACAUGGUACGAGAUGUGCUGGAGAAGUAGCUGCCGUAGCUUAUAAUCAAUUUUGUGGUAUUGGCGUUGCUUAUAACGCCAGUAUAGGUGGUGUACGUAUGUUGGAUGGCGUCGUAAACGACGCGGUCGAAGCUCGUGCUUUGGGAUUAAACCCUGAACACAUCGAUAUUUAUAGCGCCUCUUGGGGUCCUGAAGAUGACGGUAAAACCGUUGACGGUCCAGGUCCUUUAGCGAGAAGGGCGUUUAUAUACGGGGUUACCAGCGGAAGAAAAGGAAAAGGAUCGAUUUUUGUAUGGGCUUCUGGUAAUGGCGGUAGACAUACAGAUUCCUGUAAUUGCGACGGAUAUACGAAUAGCAUUUUUACUUUGAGUAUAUCGAGUGCUACUCAAGGCGGGUAUAAACCGUGGUAUUUGGAAGAAUGUUCGUCGACUUUAGCUACAACGUAUAGUUCGGGUACUCCCGGACACGAUAAGAGCGUCGCCACCGUCGAUAUGGACGCCCGUUUGCGUCCUGAUCAUAUUUGUACGGUGGAACACACCGGUACAUCGGCGUCUGCGCCCUUAGCUGCCGGUAUCUGCGCCUUAGCCCUAGAGGCUAACCCCACGCUAACGUGGAGGGAUAUGCAGUACCUCGUAGUGUUAACUUCGAAAGCGGGUCCAUUGGAAAAGGAAGCCGGUUGGAUAGUGAACGGCGUUAGAAGGAAGGUUUCACAUAAAUUCGGUUACGGUUUAAUGGACGCCGGAGCAUUGGUGACAUUAGCCGAAAAAUGGACGACGGUACCACCGCAACAUAUUUGCAAAAGUCAAGAGAUCGUCGAAGAUCGACCGAUCAAUCCGUCUUACGGUACUACUUUGGAAUUUAAUAUGGACGUCGACGCUUGCGGUGGUACUUUGAACGACGUUCGAUUUUUGGAACACGUUCAAUGUAAAAUAUCCCUUCGAUUUUUUCCUCGGGGUAAUCUACGUAUUCUUCUAACCUCCCCGAUGGGUACUACCAGUACUCUACUAUUCGAAAGACCGAGAGACGUGGUUAGUUCAAAUUUCGACGAAUGGCCGUUCCUCAGCGUUCAUUUUUGGGGUGAAAAAGCAGAAGGAAGAUGGAAAUUGCAGAUAGUUAAUUCGGGAAAUCGGCACGUAAAUCAACCGGGCGUUUUAAAAAAAUGGCAGUUAAUCUUCUACGGUACUUCCGUUAAUCCUGUUAGAUUACGUCCGCCGAACGGAGCUCGAUCGACGCCUUGGAAAUCGCCUUUGAAUACGUUCGCUUUUCCUACACAAACUAUACCAGUGACGCCGAUAACGAAUAAUUUUUUCGAGGAUAAUCUGUUCAGGAAUUUUCAGGAUUUUCCUAAUAUUUACGCUUUUUCCGGUUCGGAACGACGAGAAACCGUCAAAUCUAUUAACGAUAAAAAAGUUCGAGAUGAUAAUGAUAUCGAAAAUAACGACCAAGAAACUAAAGAGGGUUGCGACGAACAAUGUGACGAACAAGGGUGUUUCGGUAGGGGUCCUACGAAGUGUAUAGCCUGCAGGAAUAAAAGGAUGGACAAAACGUGUGUUUCGACUUGUCCUCCAAGGAGUUACGCGGAUUCUCAGAACGUCUGUCAACCGUGUCACGAAGCAUGCGAAACAUGUACAGGACCGGAUCAAAAAAGUUGUUUAACUUGUUCGCCUGGUCACGUUAGAGUUCUCGAUUUAGAUAUAUGUUUGCAACAAUGUCCGGAAGGGUAUUACGAAAAUUUCGCCGAUAAAACUUGUAUUCCGUGUCAACCGAACUGCGCCGGUUGUCAAGAUAGACCAGACCAUUGUACCAGCUGUGAUCAUCACUUAUUAUUAUUCCAAAAUAAAUGUUUAGCUUCGUGUCCGCUUAGUACUUACGAAACCGAUGAUUACGGCUGCGCGUCUUGUCACGAAUCGUGCGAAACCUGUAGUGGUUCGAAUAGUUCGCAAUGCGUUUCGUGCCCUUACGGUAGAUAUUGGCACGAAGGUCGUUGCGUUAAAGAAUGUCCGGCUCACCAUUACGCCGACGUUCAACAAAAAGAAUGUAUAGAAUGUCCGCCCGGUUGUAGCGAAUGUAAUAAGACGACUUGUAUAUCGUGUUUGGACGAUUGGAAGGUGAACAGUAAAGGCAGAUGCGUUUCUCAAAAUAGUGAUAAAUGCGACGUAGAUCAGUAUUACGAUAACGGUUUGUGUAAACCUUGUCAUUCGACUUGCGAUUCGUGCGACGGUCCGACGGAAAAGGCGUGCAUAUCGUGCGCAAGUCCGUUGAUACUUCAAGGUACUAAAUGCGUGGGAAAAUGUAAUAAAGGGUUUUAUAACGAAAGGGAUAGUCAAAUAUGCGAACCUUGUUUGCACGCGUGCGAAAGAUGCGUCGCCAAAACUAAUUGUACCGAAUGUAAAAGCGGAUUACAGUUACAAAGCGGGGAAUGCGCCACAACAUGCGCUACGGGUUAUUACAGCGACAAAGGCAUAUGCUUACGUUGUUACAUGAGUUGCAAAACUUGCAGCGGUCCAGGACCAGAUCAAUGCGUCAGCUGUCCGAACGGUUGGCAACUAUUAUCCGGCGAAUGUCGUCCCGAUUGUCCCGAAGGAUACUACAAAACCGAAUACGGUUGUCAGAGAUGUCAUUAUUCGUGUAGGAAUUGUCCAGGUUGCAAAAAUGAAGAAACCAAAAGGAAAAUCAACGUCGAAGCGCUCCUGUUAUCCGCCCAACCGGGAACGACUUUACAAAUAGUGAAUCCUUUUAAUUUAGUUACUGGAAUUGCGAUAAUUGCGAGUUUGUGUGUCGUCAUACUUUUUAUAACGAUAUUCGUUAUAUUACAAAAGAACAGUUUGCAAGCCCAACAGCGUGGUUACAGUAAAGUAUCAAUAAAAAAACCGAAAGUAACUUGUAAUUACAACGUUGUAUCAGUAAGCGACGACGCCGAUUCAAGCGAUUCGGACAGUUCGGACGGACGUAAUCUGAUAACGACGCCAAAACCGGAAAAGACAUCUUGUUGAAAUGAAAAUGAACACGGAAAACGAACCGAUAAAGGUAUAUACAGUAAAAAAGAAGAAGAAAAUUUUAAACAUACUACAUAGUGUAAAUAUUUGAUACGAACAAAAAAAAUACUGUCUUCAUUGGAUGUUGUACGCCAGCGGGUUAAUUUUUAUUUUUUCGAAAAUGAAUCGGCUAAGAAAUAAAAAGAAAAGAAAAUCUCGAAAAUUCUCAUUCCGAAUACUACUUAUUAAGUUUUAUUAAUUCUAUUUAAGAUUGUAUAUUUACUUUAUUAUUGUAUACGUAUAUUUUUAUAAAAAAAAAUAAACAACCCCCUCCAUUCAAAAAUUCGAGUGUAAAUCGAUUUUUUUUUCAUUUUUUUAGUAAUUAAAUCGAAACUAAAAUAUACUUACCGUUAAAAUCUCUCUAUUUACAUUCAUUAUUUCAUUUAAUCACGAUAUAGACGUUAAAUUUCUCUUAAAAUGCGAAAAAAACUACGUUUGACAACACUGCAACGUCCGCAUCUUCUAUAUGACAAUAUACAUAUUUCCCCGUAACAUCCGCUUACGUUUCUACGAAACAAAAGAAAGAUUAUGCGCGGCAAUAAUGUAAUUUCUGUAAUUUUCUUUGAAAUGGUAUUUAGAUUUAGACGAAAUUACUUUUAAUUUUGGAAACGUACUUCGCGUUUUCUAUAUUUCCCCAGAUCAAGGGAAAAACUCGGUAUUGCAACAAUGCAAUUUUCAUAAAUUCAAUAAACUGUUUAAAAACUACUGAAACUAAUUUUGACAUUGAAGAAAUUGAUUUCACAUGAAAAAUUACUAUCAAUCAAGAAAAAAAUUUAAAACGGUUCAAUUAUUGACGUUGCAAGAAUCGAUUAUUUCGUUUAAAAAUCAAAAAACUGUUUGGAAAAUACUAAAAAAUCGAUUCGUUUUGACAUUACACAAAUCGAUUAAUAAACAGU